AUGCCCUCUCACUUGUCAUCCACAUCGUGGAAGUACUAUUGGCACUUGGCAGUCAUUAGAGCACGCGCUUCCGCGGUUGAGUGCUUGUUUUCCUCCAAAAUAGUGACUUUAGGACAGAUGCUUCCAAGCGGCAAUGUCGCUGGGUUUAACUGUAGGACCCUUUUGCCGUCUUUCGCUCCUCCUCUCACGACUACAACUAGAAAUUUCAGUGUAAAAAUGUCGAUUCCGACGACUCAAGCUUCCAUAGUGCUCCCCGAAAAUCGCAUCAUAUUAGGUUGUGGAGCUGUGUCAGUGGACUUCUUGGCUGCUGUUGCUUCUUAUCCUAACCCAGAUGAUAAGAUUCGAAGCACAAGCUUUGAGGUUCAAGGAGGUGGUAAUACUGGGAAUGCUUUGACUUGUGCAGCUCGCCUAGGCUUAACUCCUAGGAUUAUUUCAAAGGUUGCCGAUGACUCUCAAGGAAAAGGGUUACUGGAGGAACUAGAAGCUGAUGGUGUAGAUUCGUCUUUUAUGGUGGUGUCCGAAGGGGGAAAUUCACCAUUUACCUACAUCAUUGUUGACAACCAAACGAAGACUCGCACUUGCAUUCACACCCCUGGCUAUCCACCCAUGAUACCUACUGAUCUUUCCCAAUCAAACUUAUUGUCGGCCUUGGAUGGUGCUAAACUUGUCUAUUUCGAUGGGAGAUUGCAUGAAACUGCUGCUAUUGUAGCAGAGGAGGCAAAUAGAAGGGGUAUACCCAUUUUAAUUGAUGCUGAGAGGAAAAGGGAAGGAUUGGAUUAUCUUUUAAACUUUGCAAGUUAUGUUGUUUGCUCAACCAAAUUUCCCCAGGAAUGGACUGAGGCUUCUUCUAUUCCGAGUGCCCUUGUUUCCAUGCUCUUAAGGUUGCCAAAAGUUAAAUUUGUUAUUGUGACAUUGGGUAAAGAUGGUUGCAUAAUGCUACAAAGGACUGAAAUGGACAAUCUCCUCCCUGAAGAAAUGGAUGUCGAAGAUCUGUUUGAAAAACUGAAUCUGGAGAAAGACACUAAUGCAACAUUGCCUGCAUGCAUAUCCUCGAAUGUAGCAAAACUACAUGCAAAAGGGAUAGGGACAAUCACCGGUAAGCUACUUGUGGGGACAGCUGAAAGUAUACCUCAAACAGAACUAAUUGAUACAACUGGUGCUGGAGAUGCAUUUAUUGGCGCAGUUCUUUAUUCUAUCUGUGCCAACAUGCCACCGGAGAAAAUGUUGCCAUUUGCUGCUCAAGUGGCAGCUAUUAAAUGCAGAGCCUUGGGAGCUAGAGCUGGUCUUCCGCGUUCCACAGACCAUCGCUUGUCACCUUUUUUAGUCUAGAGAGCCCAAGGGAUGGCCAUGUUCCAACUGUUAUUGAAAAUGGUAGCAAAACUGGUUAUCGUCUUGGGCUCUUUCUUAUUGUAUUUUUAUCAGGGUUUCUGUGGACCGACAUUCUACUUCUUGUCUUAGAGCAUCUGCCCUGAAUUGUUUAUUGGUAAAGUUGAAAUCUGUGUAUGUAUAAUCUGGUGUCACAAGCUUCUUCUAGUUCCUUUAUGUCUGAUGGAACUGUUUGUUCUUGUGGGUCUCA